AGUUGCAGUGUGUGAAGACUGAUAGAGUUACCAGUCCUUCUACUUCUUUACACAGCCACAUCAACGAAGGAGUUGUCACAUCAAACUAGUGCAUGCGGCAAUAAGAUGACGUCACCAGCUCCGCAAGCUAGUGACGUUCCGCCCCGGCGCGCGGGCUACGAGAUCCUCGGCGACCGCAUUGCGCGGUUGAAGAACAUGCAGCAGGUACUUUUGCCUGUUGAGACGUUGAAUUGAUGUUGUGCUGUUUAUUUUCUGACUUGUCCUUGUCCAUCAAGUUCAAGAAUUUACGUCGGAGCAGACUCAUCUGAGCAACGGAAAGUUGUUCCAAUCAACAUCCUGAGAAAUUCCGAAAAAAUGUAAAUGAUCUUCAGGUGAAUGCCCUCGCGUCCCGCGCUAACAUGCGGUCGCGGCAAGGUCAAGCUCAACCCGACCCCCAGCACACGAGCUCCGUCCCGGACUUGAGCAGCGCGACCACCGAAGCGCCUAACACCUCUGCCUCGGAAAAAUCGUCUUCUUCGUCCGUGAAGGCGAAUUAUUUGGGGAACUACGACGAAGCGCACGUGGUUGGUACUGUUUCUGCGCAGUAUGAUCAAAUGCAAGACGAAAAUCUGAUGGCGUCGAAGAAGAAUCUGUCAUCCUACCUCCCCAGUACAGCGCCCCCCGCGGCAAAUGUUCCGUCGUCUUCCCGGAUCGGAGAUGGUGACACGAACCGCAGCAACGACGAUGACCAAAGCGACACGGGCUUUCAGAGCAGGGCUUCCACGGCUCGCGCACGGGGGGAGCUCGUGGCUAGAUUUAUUCGGGAAACGCAACAGGAGAAGAAUAUUGACGUGGGCAACAAGCAGGCGGCUGCAGCACCACCACCAGCUGCGAAAACAAACCAACCUCUGAAUAAUUACAGCGUCACCCCGCCGCCGAGCACUUACAACGCUUCGCACCAACAUGCCGUAACGACGACUCCAGCGGUGAACGUUGCUACCACCAGCGCCACGCGCCACUACAAUCGACUAGCGGCCACCGCUGCGCCCGUCAUGAUGUCCACUUCCACCGUGUAUGGCAGUAGGCAAAAUCAGCAGCUUCCAUCGCGAAACAACUCUGUGACCAGAACAAGACCUGGUGUCCUGGUCCCGGAGCGCCAGGUUGUUACAGCAGGUGGAAGCUCGGGAGCAGCCGCAUCGCCAAACAAAGCUCCAGGUACCAAACAACUCGCGGGUGGAACAUCUGCUGGUGCCUAUUAUCAUGGUUCAGCAGGAGGAGCUUCUGCGAAACAGACAAACCUUCGUGGCAGCUACACGAGAACCACCAGCAACCAAAACUUUUCAUCGGCGUCGACGUCCCAACCCGCUGCUUCUAGGGCAGAAUUUGGCUUUGCGAAAGCGAAAUUGCAGCAAAAGCAGGCGAUGUUGCAGAAGCAGUUGCUCCUUUCUGGCACCCCCUCUUCCCACGAUAGCAACCAUUGGAACGAACUCGAACCCGAGGUGGACAGCGGCGCGCGCACGCCAUUCUCUGACUUCGAGGACAAUUGUGUCGGCGGAGGUGGAACUAUUGCGGGUCACGGUCAGGACGAUGCUGGUACUACGCUGCCACUAGACGGACGACGUGAAGAAGGCGCUACUGCAAUGACAAACUUCGCAAGUUCCACAGUCACUUGGUCGUCCAAUUUUCUUGGAAACGCCACCGCUUGGGUCGACUCGUGGAAGCAACAAGUGGCGGAUGUGUUUGAAUCUACUUCAUCAGCGGCACACAAGGGCACUAGUGGCGGUAGUGCAGGAGCAAAAACCAGUAGUCCUGCUGCGUUCUCGUCCAAGCGAGCAAAGCCUUCUGAAAGCCAGGCUCUGCUGCAAACUCCAGCCCAGCAGCGUCGAGGAGAUUUUUACACCGAAGAGCCCCAGGGCACGGCUGGGGCAGCAUCAUCCGGCGGGCAACGCAGCAAGAUGAAGCAGCACCAGAAGACUUCUGGAGCUAACAGUAUGAACUACCAGUUCUUUUACGGCUCCGCGGCGGUGCCGGCUUCCUCGGAAAAGUCGCUGAUUCUCUCGCCGCAACCGGUAGUAGAGGACCACGCCGCUUUUGGGUUGUCGAGCGCCAAGCGCCCGCGGCCGAAGCCGAGUUCUAGUACUACCAAGAGGAAAAAUCUGCUUUCCGCAGCACCUACGUCCGACGACGAAGCAGACGACUUGCACAUUUUUGAGCAGGCCCUGAAAUUGUCGGAGAGCAAGACGAAAAUGCAGAUCCGGGCGGUGGGCUUCACGUUGUUCAUUCUCAUUUCCUACUUGGUUCUAGCCCACUCCGCACUGUACUAUCCCUCAUCUUCUAGCAGUACAGCAGACCACGGCACGCAACCGGUGGUCGACGGGGCCACGUUUCCCUGUCCGCACAUUGUCUUUGGGAGUUACCGCUUCGGCCCCGGGUGCGAGCUCUUCUGGAGCCGGGUUUUCAAUGGUUUAGGGGGUGGACGGACUAUUGCACCAACUAGUCCCUCUGCGAAAGAGAAGAAACAGCUUUUACGGCGAGAGGCAAACAGUAAAAGUUCGGAUGGAGCUACGAAAAAAGCGCCUCAACAGGAGCCUUCCCUCUAUCCUGAAGAUUCGUUGUUUGUGAGAAAAUCCCACAGCAAUUUAGAGGACUUGAAUGAAGAAUCAAGUUCCUCUUCGUCCUCUAGUGCAUCGAAAGAUGGCGGAAUUGACCUGGAUUCUUCGAAAGAAAUGACCGAGGCCGCCACGACAACGACCCUGACCGCGACCACGACUUUCAUUGCGAAGAUCCUCGACAGCGUUCUCACGGGCGGCGCUUUGAGCAGCCUAACCAACAGCCUCACGGGAAGAAGUAGUAGUAGUGGUUUUCUUCCGAAUGGCUUAACGACCACGGUCGAGCAGCAGCAGUUUAAGAAGCAGAUUUUCCAGGGUUUGACGGAUUUGGAAUCGUCCCUGGCCUUCUACUCGUCCGAGCAGCUGAGCGACGACGCUUUGAAGUUUUCCGGCGUGGUGGCCCACUUUGUGAAAGACCGGGCGCGAAUGGGAAACGAAGUGAAGCAAAUGCUGAAGAAGUUUCCCGAGUACACAGGGCUGGACAAACCAUCCGAAAUCAACCUCGUUUACUCGUCCGACGACGAAAAGCUCGCCGUGGUGGUUGACAGCCACGGCAACGAGGUGGCCGGAAGUACAGCAACCUCGCCCGGAACACCAGCGGUGAUACAAGAACUACCCCCGAGCGCGCCGGGGGCUAUGAGCGGCGAACUCGGAUCGGGACCGGUGAUUGGAUAUUACGGUAGCAGUACCACACCGUCUUCCGCCAUACCGGAAGGAACUCCGGCCGCAAUACAAGAUCCACUGUUAUCGGAGCAGAAAGACCAGAAGCGGGUGUACCUAGCGAUCGAGAGAUUCGCGCCGGCCAUUCACCAUUGGCUUCGCCACCUGCAGAAUAACAUGAUUCUGAAAGUGCAAGUCGUAGUGUCUCCGGGGGACCAUGUUUGGCUGUUGCCGUCGAACCGGCGGAGGAACGCGAACAGUCUUGCCGGUGACAUCUUCCAGGGGCCAGAGCAGUUCUCGUUGCUGACCCCGUUUUUCGGCACCGGAACGCUGAACGUUGCGGGCCAGUUGGAAGCCUUGACGGAGGGCAGUGUCGCCGGUGCCGAUUUGUCUGUACCCUACCAGCUGCAAGGAAAGGGCGUGGCGUGGUACUUGGAGAAAAGACGCAUGCGAUUAUUUUUGUGAUCAAAUUUGUGAUGGUGCGAGGGAGGCGGCAUGAUCGAAUUUGCAUUUGCUCGUUCUUGAAAAAGGCCAGUGACAAUCCUCGCCAAGGAUGAUCAUGAGGCUCGUGCUUGGCAAUAGUAAAAAAUUGCGAUAGUGAGUCCAUUUUUUAAAACGGACACAAAUUCCAAACUCAUCAGGCUUAUCGUCGACCUCCUGUCUGACAACGUCGUCAAGUACCAUGAGACCACCAGUAAUCGCGGGUUGCUCAAGGCCGCAAACGACGCUGUUGCGAGGAUCCAAAAGGUGCGGCGAACCACGUUUCCCGAGAAGGUGGAGGCGGCCUUUGAUCUGUACUUCAAUCUCUGGACGGGUAGAGCAGCGUCCAGAAUACUGUCAAGAACUACGGAGGAAAACACCAGCACCAUCAAGCAACAAGACCUUCACUCUUUGCCUGCUGCAUUAUUUCGUACCACACUCGAGUCUGAAUUUUACGACGCGACCUCAAGUUCGGACCAGGAUCUGCUCAGUAACUUGAAGCCCACGAUUGACCCGCCCACACCAAAAUGGAUGUUUGAUCAGCCUGCUGCAGUAUCAACGUCUGGGUCCACCUCAACUGCAGCAUCUUCGCACUCGCUUCUGCCCUUCGCCAUGCAAAAGGUCUAUGUGGUUUUCGAAGAGCCGAUUGUGUCUAGUGUCGUGGCGAGGGUCAUGAGGCCAGCCGCCGCGGGCUCUCCUGACGACGUAGUGUCAGUGGGCGGAACGGGUCGCGCAAGCACGAUGAAUCCCACUUGCGUCGUGGAUCGCGUGCGGAGUAGCUUCUCGCCGUUGCGGCUAACCUUGCGGAGCCACCUGAGCCAAGUGUCGUCGCUAGAAGGAGCUUUGAGCAGAAUUAUUCGGGACCAGAGGUAUCAUUUAAGGUUUACUGUUCUGAUAUGUUAUUUCAUCUACUUGCAUCAUGAUCAUGCGUUUUUGUGUGUGCAACGAAAAAACGAAACGUUGUUGACUACCCGUCUCGUUCCUUCUCCCUCUUAAUCAGCCAAAACCUAUGAAUCCAAAACACAGUUCUGACGACAGUAUGGCAGCUUUGGUUUUGCACCCGGAGUAUCUGACGCCGAAGGUGUGGAGAAAAAUCACCGAGGCUUUGAAGCAGGUACUUGAUUAUACACGACCUAUCGAUUCUUGUUUCUAUACGCACGAAUGUUCUUUGUAUGAGGCAUCCCUAUGAAGAUUACGUUUACGUCUACGGCAACAUGCAUCAUCUUCUAUCGUGCUACUUUCAAAAAGAAAAAGCAAAAGACAAGCCCAUUUCCAAUACAACAUACUCAAACAGACCCCGAACACCGCUACGCCGACAGCAGCAUCAGCAACUGCGUCAACAGCUGCUAAAUCUGCGGACGACAAAGAUGUCGUGUCCUCCGACUCUGCCAAACCAGACGACACGACAACUUCCGCCGAUACGAAAACAGCAGCGGCAACCGAAACCUCCGCAACCGCACCAGUUUUCACCGAUCUGGUCGCGUUCGAGACACUAAAGGCCACGUCGCACGCGAGCGAGAAAGCGGAGAUUAGUGCGUUUGUCGAGAUCCGGGCCGCGGACAGUACACCUGCAGUAGCUACUUCGGCAGCGGCGGAAAAAAUCGUGGAGAGAAGCAUCACCGAUUUCCCGAUCUUCCUGAACGCAAAAACCGCCGGGGAGGUGCUGAAUAAGAUUACACUCCUGAACGAAUUCGACGGAAAUUUUGAGGCGUUCUUGCUACACGCGCUGGGACAAAGCCGGCUGACGAAGUACAAGUUACCGGGAUUGCCGGCGAAGGAGAUGCCCGGGUGUGUGUAG